UGUGCUAAACCAUAACUUUCAUUGCUCUCGGGGUCAGGAGUUGCAGUACUCGCUAACAUGAUUCUCAGAGUAGUUGUUCUCGCUACUUUGGGUUGCCUGACGGCUCACGCUGCGAACCCUGAUUUGUUGAGACUUGGUCCUCAAGGAGUCAACUUCUGGAAAUUGGACCAAUUGCACGACUCACAACAGCUUCCAGUUAAUGGCUUAAUUUUGCAAGAUUCUUCUGAGGCACCCCUACAGCUACCUCACGAACCCAAUAACAAACCGGAAUUCACUGCUCAAUGGUUUGAACAACCCUUGGACCAUUUUGGAAGCAGCACCAAUGAUACAUUUAUGCAACGUUACUGGGUAAACAAGAGACAUUAUCAACCUGGGUCUAGUGUCGUUUUUCUGCUUGACGGUGGGGAAACAAGCGGGGAGGACAGAAUACCCUUUUUGGAUACUGGUAUCGUAGAUAUACUUGCUCGGGCGACAGGAGGAUUGGGUGUCGUGCUGGAACACAGGUACUAUGGUGAAUCUAUCGCUACCAAAAACCUUACCACCGACUCGUUGAGAUUCUUGAAUAAUGCACAGUCUGCAGCUGACAGUGCAAACUUCAUGGCCAACGUACAAUUUUCUGGUAUCGACGAGAACCUUACAGCCCCGGGAACGCCCUGGAUAUAUUAUGGCGGCUCCUACGCAGGUGCGCGCGCUGCUCAUAUGCGUGUUCUUUAUCCGGACCUCGUGUACGGCGCGAUCGCUUCUAGUGCUGUCACCCACGCUGCAAUCAUCAACUGGGAAUACAUGGAUAUAAUUCGCCGCUAUGCUGAUCCUACCUGUUCACUGCACUUGCAAAAAGCUAUCGAAACUAUCGACACCAUCCUGGACCACCGUGUCCUGUCUGCUCCGCUCAAAGCAUUGUUCGGUGUCCAUGGAUUGAAACAUGAUGUCGACUUUGUCUCUUUAAUUGAGAGCCCUCUUGGAUCAUGGCAAGCAAAGGUUUGGGACCCCAAAGUAGGGAGCACCACCUUCGAUGAAUUUUGCGUCGCACUGAACCAACCUCUGGGUCACAAAAAACCUGAUGUGACGCGACUGGAAUAUGGGCAUCCCGACAGGAUGGUAUCAUUCCCAGGAGGACUCAAAGUGGAUAUCGCCAUAGUCAACUAUGGGGCCUGGAUCAAAAAACAUGUCGUAUCUAGAUGUCCAGAGGGGUUUUCUCAUGAAGAGUGUUUUGGAACCUUUGAUGAUACACAUUAUCAGGAUACCUCCCUCAGUGAGAUUUGGCGACUAUGGUUAUUCCAGGUGUGCACAGAAUGGGGGUAUUUUACAACAGCGCCUCCGGAUCCCACAGUACCUCGAAUCAUCUCAAAACGUAUUGACCUCGAAUACGAGUCCAAGAUCUGUCGUCAAGCGUAUGAUCCAGGAGAACACUUCACGGUCCCUCCUUUACCCAAUGUAACUGUGGUGAAUGAGCUUGGAGACUUUGAUAUCGCGAUGGACCGCCUUGCUAUAAUCGAUGGAGAAGUCGAUCCUUGGCGUCCCGACACGCCUCAUAGUGACUAUGCGAAUGACCGGGAGGAUACGAUGUUGAGACCCUUCAAGAUCAUACCCAAUGGCGUCCACCAUUACGACGAGUAUGGGCUUCAAAAUCCAGACGACGAGCCUCCCGAAAUACGCAAGAUACACGAGGAGAUGGUAGCUUUUGUCCAACAUUGGUUGAGAGAUUGGAAGGCCGAUAGCCAAGAAAUUUGAGCAUAUGGACUGAUCAAAUCCGUCUCAUGUUUUUAGUCGCUAGGUCGUCAGUUCAUUGCGACGGAAAAUGGUAGUACAUACAACAAAUAUUGAAGAAUGAAAAGAGAUAAUGAACAAACU